AUGGGUGAGGCCGAAGACGUUAUGAAGAAGUUCAGGCUAGACGAUGAAGCUCGUCGCAAGCUGGUUCAAAUCGUCCUGCAGCGUGCCGACGACAGCUCCCGCGUACUGGGCCGCCUGGAGGUGUACCUCGAGUCGGCGAGGAAGCCGUCUGACGCUGUGAGGACCAUGUUCGGACGUCUUAUGGCUGGCGGAGAUGUGCCAGAAGAGCACCGGGAGAAAGAGGAGAAGAAGGGCGGGGACGAUGAUCGCGACCGCUCGCGAGACCGGCAUCGCGGACGCGAGAGGGACCGCCGAUCCCGCUCACGCUCACGUCGACGAUCAAGGUCUCGACGACGCUGA